UUUGGAAAAAUACAUAGGGAUUGCGAACUCAAGGCCCUGGCAUUGAGCAGUGCUGCAAAGCAUACAAGGCUAUUAUAAAAGUUCAUCCUGAGUAUUUAAAGAUGGAUGGCUAGUCAGAAUCUAAAUAUUAUAACUAGAAAAAUGCAACGAAGAUCUGAUGGUAGUUUGAAAAAGAAACCUAGAGGAGGUAAUGGAAGGUUUAGAAAAGUGUCUUCAGAAGAUGUACCUGAGCAUAACAAACCUGAAACAGAGGCAGCAACGCCUCCACCAAAAAUGGUUAAGCUCUCAGCAGACAGUGUGAAUGCCAGCGGUGGUCCAGUUGAACCAAUGGUAUCUGUCAAGACAAGUGCAACCCCGCCCACCAAAGGCAUACGCACACGUCUCUCCACUGGAACACUCAUCAUGACAGGAACAUCCACUGUUUCCUUAGCAUCACAGGAAUAUUCAACCCCCACAUCAUUUGAUACUGGAGGGGCUUCUCGCAAAAACUUGAAAGAUGCUAUGCCUGGUUCAUCAAGAAAACGAAAAGGCCAAGAUGAUGAAGAUUCAAGCGGAGAACCAGACACACCUCCCAAACGUAGAAAAAUUGGUCGAAAUGAUGGAACUGGAGAGGAUAAUAAGAAUGAUUAUUUUUGCUGGAUUUGCCACAAAGAAGGUUUAGUGAUAUGCUGUGAGCUUUGCCCUCGUGUCUACCACUCUAAAUGCCUUAGCUGUGAAAGCAAUGUCCCCGACGACUGGGUGUGCCCAGAAUGUGAGAAAAUAAUGAAAGCUGAGUGUACAGACACAAGAUCUAAAUCAAUGGCAAUGAUCACACUGGACACACUGUGUACACUGUUGAAAUAUGCACUGGAUCGUAUGCGAACAGUUGGGGCAUCAACAUUUGAAAACCCUGUAGAUCCACUACAGUUUCCUAAUUAUUCCGAUUAUGUUUUUUACCCUAUGAGUCUGUCUCUCUUAGAGAAGAAUGUUAGACGAAAAAUGUAUGGAUGUACCGAAGCUUUUUUUGCAGAUGCUAAAUGGAUUUAUCAUAACUCAGCAGUUUAUAAUGGAAGUACAAAUAAAAUAACAUCUGCUGCCAAGUCUCUGAUGAAAGUCUGCAAGCAUGAGAUGACUGAAAUUGAAGUUUGCCCAGAUUGCUAUUACCAUUCCUGUGUGCAGAACAACAGUGACUGGUUUUGUGAACCUUGUAGAACACCGCAUCCUCUUGUUUGGGCUAAACUUAAAGGGUAUCCCUUUUGGCCUGCAAAGGCUUUGAGGGAAGUUAAUGGCCAAAUCGAUGUUAGAUUUUUUGGGGCCCAUGACAGGUCAUGGGUGCCUGUAGCCUCGUGUUUUAUGCUAAGUAAAAAUUGCCCUGUGGUUGUAAAGAAAGGCCGAGGUGGAAUGGACCUGGCAAUGAAGGAGGUUUCAAUCCAUGUCAAGAAGCUAAAGGAAAAGUUUGGCUCAUUUGAAUAUGCUCCCCUGCGUACACCAUUCAGCAUUGACAAUGUGUACGAGAACAUGAAAAAUAUCAACUCUGACACAUCACUGCAGAGAAGUGAAAGCUAUCUUGGCAGGAAAGAUGUCAAGCUAAAAGUGGCAGUGCGGAGAAAGAUCAAAGAUGGAACAGCUGCCAGCAAGACCGCCAGAGCUGUCAAGUCAAAGUACGGAACUAUUUCCUCCAAGAAAGGAGCACAGCAGCAUGGCUCAGUUGUUGGUAAAGCAGGCUCUACUGGACCAGUGCAGCGUCAGGUGUUUUACCUGAGACCAAUGCCUAAAGGUGUAUUUUUAUUGAGUCAGCCACCCUCGGAGUCUGUGCCUUCAACUUCAAAAGGAAAUGGAACAAAUCCUAAUCUGCCAGAGCUAUGGUUGGUAAAGAGUGCAUCAACCACCAAAACCACCACAACAGAAACUGGCCCUAAAAUAGUGUUCCCAAGUAGGAAAUUGAAGAAAGAAACCCUGGAUACGCCGACGGGUGACGACUCACAGAACGCAGGCUCGGUGGUAGAUCUCACUGAAGACAUGGUCUCUGGCACCCAGCGCACACCCACUCAGGAGAAAAGUGUUGCUAGGCAACCCGCUGAGAAACCUGUUGAAAAAAGUACUUUAAUAUGUGUUUCUACUGCAUCACAGCCAGUCAGACCUGGCAUAAUUGCUGUUUCCACUGCGGUUAGAACUGGUGCAAUGGCUGUUUCCACUACAUCGCAACCGGUCAGAACUGGUAUUAUGGCUGUUUCCACUGCAUCACUAACUGGUGCAAUGGCUGUUUCCACUACAUCGCAACCGGUUAGAACUGGUAUUUUGGCUGUUUCCACUGCAUCACUAACUGGUGCAAUGGCUGUUUCCACUACAUCGCAACCGGUUAGAACUGGUAUUUUGGCUGUUUCCAGUACAUCGCAACCGGUCAGGACUGGUAUCAUGAUUGUUUCAACCGCACUGCAACCGGUUAGAACUAGUUGUCUAACGUCUGUUUCCUCCACCACACUGCAGCCAGUUAGAACUGGUUCAACAGUGAUUACAGCUACAUCUCAGCCUGCUAGAACUAGUAUAACAUCUGUUUCCAUUACAACCCAGUCAGCAGGUACUGGUUGUGUAAACACUGUUUCCGCUACAUCACAGCAAGUUAGAACUGGUUUAACACCUGUUUCCUCCUCGUCGCAACUGCUUAGAACGAGUUUAAUGGCGGUUUCCUCUAUAUCACAGCCGGCUGGAACUACUUCUCCGACACCAGCAGACAUUUGUGUAUCCAGUGUUGAACCAACAGACCAAUCUUCUGUACAAAAAACUGUUCUGAAGACUCCUUCAACUACAGUUAUUGAAUCAGGCAAAUCUGUGUGUGCCAAAGAACCCAAGAUCAAUGAACCUUUGCAGAACAUGACAAGAAGCAGUGACCCAAAGGAGAUCCUAUCUGAAGAGCUCAAAGAAGAUUCGUCUCAUCUAGCCCCACCACUUUGUUCACAAACAGGAAAGGAGCCACAGACUCCACCAACUAACCUGGCCAACACAACAACAUCAACAACAAUCAAUCAGUCCCUAGCAACAACAGAAAACUCUGAGAUUUCAGAAAAGAAAGAUGACUCCCCCAGUGUUCUUCAAUCCGCAGAAAUAUCAAACGCUAGUGGGCUAGAGGAAAAUGAUAAAAGUAAAGACGAUCAGUGUUUAAAUAGCUCCAAAGUGAGCUCAAACUCAGAACCACAAAACUGUUUACCUUCCGGGUCAUUGACCCCUCCUCUAGCCACUACAUCUGGUUCUUCAGUCAGCCCAGGCUCAAUAUAUAAAGAAAAUUUACAAAAGGUAAUUGAAACCUGCAAGGCUAAACUGGGUAUUGAAAAUCAAAACGAUGAUGUUGAGACAUUAAUCUUAAGUGAUGAUGAUGACGAAGAAGAUUUGGAGGCUGCUAAGGCUAACGAGGACAGCGAUAGUGAGGGCAGUGGAGCUCUGCUUAUGGAUAUUGAUGAUCCUAGUGAGCAUGAAAGUUCAAGGUCGGGAAACAAGGAGCCUGGGGUCACCCAGAGCUCAGAGGGGUUAGAGUUGAUGCCAGAAGAUCCUCUGCCUAGCAGAAGUGAAGGCCUCAAGGGGGGAGAACUUAGUGCUUUGUCUAAGACUAAAGACACAGAGGGGUCUGUUGUUGAAGAAGGCAGGGAAUCUGUUGAGAAAGAGGCUGAUGCUCCCACCGCAACACCUUCCUCAAUAGGGCAUACAGACUCAACUUGUCAUGAUGAUUCUGUGGAAUGUAUAGAAAACUCAGAGCAAACAGUAAGAGUAAACUUAGAUGAUAGUGUAAUUCCUUCUGUUUCGGGAGUGAAAGAACCAGUGGUAACUGACGCAAAUGAAAGCACAAAGGAGAAAGUGGUCAAAGUUUUAGGUGUUUCCAUGGAGACGACAGAGGAAGAUUUAUUGAAAGAAUCUGAAUUGGACCAGGUCAUUACGAUUGAAGAUGACCUAAGUGAUGAUGAUGAUGAAGAAGAUGAUAAUGUUGAAGACCAUGUCAGCCUAGACAUGGAAGUGAUUUGUGAGGAUGGGUCAGGGGACGACGAUCGUGUUAACGAAGGUGAGCCAAUACCAAAACGGAGCAACGACUCAACAGAAAAAGCUGCCUUAGCUUCUGCUGACAGCAACGCAACCAAAGACAAGCCUCAAACUUCCAUUCUUGCAUUCCCGAAAAUCAAGAGAAUCCUCUCCGAUCCGCAGCCGGUUACCACCACACCAUUACCAACCACGUCACCUACUUUCUCAACCCACCCCAUGCCAGCACUGACCCACCACUCAGCGAAAAGCUCAACCGCCACGCCCACCACCCCCUCAACCCCUAAACCAAAAACCAAAGGUAAAAUGGUUCAAAUUCAACGCCCUAUCAUAGUCUCCAGUGGCGCAGGUGGCAUUACUUACAUGGUGAAGUUAAAAGAGCAAAAGAAUACCAGUGACUCCCAGACUGUUCAAAGUAUUCCAGCUCUAAUGAAGAGUCCUGGUAAAAGUAUAGCUGAGGCUCAGUGCAGGCAGAGGGCCAGCAGCUUGGAAAGCACUGAUAGGCUUAGCAGCCAGGAAUCCAGCAGCGACAGGGAUGGUUUAACCCCAGGACUCACUGGCGCAGUUCAAACCUCGGAGUCCAGGACCCAAGUAUUGAAUGAAGGAGACCAAUCUUGUCAGACUGGAACAGGGACAACUUUAUCAAAGAAGAUUAGCAAUAUUGUGAGACAAAGAACUGCAGUGAUUGAACACUUGUUAUCUAAGCAGAUAGAAGAAUUAGUCAAAGAUGUGGAAAACACUGCCAAGGCGGCACAAAGUGCAAUCAAUGUUGAUGCAAUAAAUGAAAAAAUUGAAGAUCUGAAAAAGGAACAAGCUAAGGAGCUGGACAAACAGAAAAAGGAUUUUGAACAAAAAAUUAAAGAUGCUUGGAAGAUAGCUACCACCACAGUUAAAGAGGUAGAAGCCAAUUUUGACUUGCAAAAAAAAGCUCUGGGUGAGAGGUUGAAAGAGAAGUUCAACAAAGAGCUGGAGAAAGCUGUGGCAGAAACCAAGAAGAUGCAAUGGUGUGCUGAGUGCUGGCAGGAGGCUGUGUACUACUGCUGCUGGAACACCAGCUACUGUGGCUUCGAGUGCCAACAGAAACACUGGCCAGCCCAUAUGCCAAAGUGUAUGCAGACACAACAGCAGCAACAACAGGGACAGAAUGUGCCACAGUCUCCAAACCAGGCUACUCCAAACCAGGCUACUCCAAACCAGGCUAUGAAAAUCAUCUCCACCUUGACACCAGUCAGUCACAACAUGUCCACAGCCUCACCAAUUGUCACCCCAGUCACUGUCAAGUCACUCCUAAACAAUGCUAAACAAAAGAAAGCUAUGACCAUAUCCUCACAGAAGACUAAUGAAGAAGCAGUUAGUAUUCCUGUGUCUUACGGCCAAAACUAUCAGAUAGAUCUACAGUAUGUACCCCAACAGAGGCCGAUUAGUUCUGUUCGCCAACAGGUCCAGGUUGUAGGCUCCAACACACAACUGCCCAUCAUCAUGCCAUCAAUCAUAUCCAAUGGUGUCCUGCGGCAGCCAGUGCAAGUGAUUCGCAACUUCCCCUUAGUCCGUCAAUCAGCGCCCAACACACCAACUCAGCCAAACAUUGAGAACAGCCAGUACAUCAUCACCUCUGGUCUGGGGGGUCUGGUCAAACAAGCAAGGCAGAUCUAAUUUGUUUCUAUCAUCUACUGCUACUCAUCUGCACUAUUACCAUAUUUCUGUAAUCAUUUUGCUGAAUCACCUAUUAGAUAUUUUUAAAGUAGUAUUUUUUCCUUAACAACAUUAUGGAAAAAGUACUACUUUAGACUUAAUAUGGCUAAAAUCACGUUGUAAAUAAACAUUUUUUUUUUUUCUAAUUUGACUUUUAUUCAUGGAUCUUUUAACUUGUCAUGUAAAAUAAUCCCUCUAGAUACAAUUUUUCAAAAUAUCUAGUAAAAAAAAAAAUCUGUUGUUGAAGUUGGAACUAGAAUAAACCACUAUCUAUUU